CCGAUGAGAUGUUGAGAAAGAAUCAGCGUGCUCUGAAUAAAGCAAUGCGUGAUUUGGAUCGGGAAAAAAUGAGAAUGGAACAGCAAGAAAAGAAAAUCAUUGUGGACAUCAAGAAAAUGGCUAAAGAUGGACAGAUGUAAUGAAAUCAAUAAAGUCAAGAACAAAGCGUAUAGUUCCACCUUUUAGUUCUCAAUCACGACAACCAAAUACAAUUGUAGCUGGUCCUCCACGAUCACGCUCAUGUCAAACACCAAUUGGAAAUACUGCAUUUCGUCGUUAUUAUGAUAGAGGUGACUUUAUGUUGUCUGUCGAUAGUGGGCGAGUUAUGUGGAAAACAUCAUUUGAAAAUAUAGAUUAUCACCAUUACUUACCAAUUUUUUUUGAUGGAUUACGUGAAGUUGCAUACCCAUACCGUGCAGUGGCAGAGCGUGGAGCUACAGAUAUGUUAAAAAACGGUACACCAGAUCGUAUACUGCCUGUUGUGCCGCAAUUGAUUAUUCCAAUAAAAUUAGCACUUAACACUGGUCAUCCAGAUGUAGUUAUAGCUACAUUGAAAAUGGUUCAAACCUUAGUAACAUCGGCUGAUAUGGUAGGAGAAGCUCUAGUACCCUAUUAUAGACAAAUAUUACCACCCCUCAAUGUAUACAAGAAUCUUAAUAAAAAUACAGGCGAUGGAAUUGAUUAUGCUCAAUAUCAACAAGAAGAUGUUGGGGACUUGGUGAACAAUACUUUAGAAAUUCUUGAAAGACACGGAGGAGCUCAUGCUUUUAUUAAUAUCAAAUACAUGAUUCCAACUUAUGAGUCAAGUGUGGCAAACUAAUAUAUUACAUAAAAUAUAGAUCCUAAACAUUUUAUAUCCAAUAAUUGAUUUAUUAUUUCCUUAAAAGUAUAUUUUAGUAAUCUAAGUAUUUAUUAGAUGUUAGUUAGUUAAAUAGUUUAGAUAAAUAUUUUGAGGAUUUAGGAAUCGGUGAAA